UCUGCCCGUGGGACGGCACCAGUAUCACUUGAACAACAGUAAAGAAAAGAUUAUCAUUAGUGAAAAAUCGGUAUCAAGCGAAAGUAAUAGCUAAAGUGAGUCCCAUAUCCAGCAAACAGAAAGGAAGUGCGCACACGGGAGUGAAGUGAAAGUUUUGAUUCAGUGAAGAACAUUCCGGAAACUACUACCAGAAAGUGGGAUUUUAACGCCAGAAUAAGGAGUACACCGUAGACUUAAAAUUCUCAUCAUUUGUAAUAUCUCUUAGUGAAUAGUUUAGCAAAUUAAGCUGAGCCAUAAAAUAGUCAACAUGAAGUUGCUAAUACCGUUGGCCCUGGUGGCCGCAUUGGCCGUGCUGAGCACAGCCUCCGAGGACAAGAAGGAAGACUACGGAACCGUGGUCGGUAUCGAUCUCGGUACCACCUACUCCUGUGUCGGUGUCUACAAGAACGGACGAGUGGAAAUCAUUGCCAACGAUCAGGGUAACCGUAUCACGCCCUCGUAUGUGGCCUUCACCGCCGAUGGUGAGCGAUUGAUCGGUGACGCCGCCAAGAAUCAGCUAACAACCAAUCCGGAGAAUACCGUGUUCGAUGCCAAGCGUUUGAUUGGCCGUGAAUUCACCGACACCACUGUGCAGCACGAUAUCAAGUUGCUUCCGUUCAAGGUUAUCGAUAAGAACUCCAAGCCACACAUCAAGGUCUCGACCAGCCAGGGUGAUAAGGUGUUUGCUCCAGAAGAAAUCUCCGCUAUGGUGUUGGGCAAGAUGAAGGAAACUGCCGAAGCCUAUCUAGGUAAGAAGGUAACCCAUGCCGUCGUCACUGUCCCUGCCUACUUCAACGAUGCCCAGCGUCAGGCUACGAAGGAUGCCGGAACCAUUGCUGGUUUGAAUGUGAUGCGUAUCAUCAACGAACCUACCGCCGCUGCCAUUGCAUACGGUUUGGACAAGAAGGACGGAGAGAAGAAUGUGCUGGUGUUCGAUUUGGGCGGUGGCACCUUCGAUGUUUCUCUGCUGACCAUUGAUAACGGAGUGUUUGAGGUCGUUGCCACCAACGGAGAUACCCAUUUGGGAGGUGAAGAUUUCGAUCAGCGUACCAUGGACCACUUCAUCAAGCUGUACAAGAAGAAGAAGGGUAAGGAUAUCCGCAAGGACGUUCGUGCCGUCCAGAAACUGCGUCGUGAAGUCGAAAAGGCGAAGCGUGCCUUGUCUGCCAGCCACCAGGUCCGUAUCGAAAUUGAAUCCUUCUUCGAGGGUGAUGACUUCAGUGAAACUCUGACCCGUGCCAAGUUCGAGGAGUUGAACAUGGAUCUGUUCCGUUCCACCAUGAAGCCGGUGCAGAAAGUCUUGGAAGAUGCUGACAUGAACAAGAAGGAUGUCGAUGAAAUUGUCCUGGUCGGAGGAUCCACCCGUAUCCCUAAGGUUCAACAGUUGGUCAAGGAAUUCUUCAACGGCAAGGAACCAUCCCGUGGUAUCAACCCCGAUGAAGCCGUCGCUUAUGGUGCUGCCGUACAGGCCGGUGUACUUUCCGGUGAACAAGACACUGAAGCCAUCGUUUUGCUCGAUGUUAACCCACUGACCAUGGGUAUCGAAACCGUCGGAGGAGUCAUGACCAAGCUGAUCCCCCGUAAUACCGUUAUCCCAACCAAAAAGUCUCAGAUCUUCUCAACUGCUUCCGACAACCAGCACACUGUCACCAUCCAGGUGUACGAAGGUGAACGGCCAAUGACCAAAGACAACCAUCUGCUCGGAAAGUUCGAUCUUACCGGAAUCCCACCAGCACCACGUGGUAUCCCUCAAAUCGAAGUCUCUUUCGAAAUUGAUGCCAACGGUAUCUUGCAAGUGUCGGCUGAAGACAAGGGAACUGGUAACCGCGAAAAGAUUGUCAUCACCAACGACCAGAACCGAUUGACUCCAGAUGACAUCGAUCGUAUGAUCAAGGAUGCCGAACGUUUCGCCGAUGACGACAAGAAGCUCAAGGAACGUGUUGAAUCGCGAAACGAACUGGAAAGCUACGCAUACAGUCUCAAGAAUCAGCUAUCCGACAAGGACAAGCUGGGCGCCAAGGUUUCCGAUGACGACAAGACCAAGAUGGAAGAAGCCAUCGACGAGAAGAUCAAGUGGCUGGACGAAAAUCAGGAUGCCGACUCCGAGGAUUACAAGAAGCAGAAGAAGGAGCUGGAAGACAUCGUGCAGCCCAUCAUUGCUAAGCUGUACGCCAGCACCGGUGGCGCUCCACCAACCGGCGGCGAAGAAGACGAUCUCAACAAGGAUGAGCUGUAAACACUUUGUUAGUGUAGCAUAGUUUCUCAGUCCCACAUUAUGUCCGUGCUCUAGUUAUUCCCUUCCAUUCGACCAGUUGUUCGUUCAGUGUUUCCCAUUCUUUGUUACUUAAUAUAAAUUCCAAAAACAAAAAAGUAAUCUAAGAUUGAAACAACAUUUCUAAAAUUGAAUUAACAAACCUAAAAACACGAAAACCAGAAUCAGAACGUUUCAGUUUAACCAUACAAAUUGUUGGUACUUUUCCAGUAGGGAAACACUGAAGUUUUAGUUAAAAAAAUAACAAAAAAAAGCAGCAAGAGUACUAACUAGCAGUAGGUACAUAGCAGGGGGAAUUGGUUCCACAGAGUAGUCAGAGCAGCAUCGUCGUAGUGAUGAGAGCGUGUGUCCCGAGAGUGAACGUGUGAAUUUCUGACGGCGCGCGUUAUAGUAGAUUUCCAUCUCAUUUUUCAGAUGGGAAUAGAGAGAAAAAAGCAUUCAAAAACCUAAUACAAAAAAUGUUAGAGUAACCUAAUUUCGAGCCGAGGGAAGGUAUGCAUUCAACAACAAUCGUCUUAUUUAUUAUAUUUGUUUUUUUUUUUCGUUGUUUUCCAUCAAUUACACCGAACACUUGUUUGUUUUUGAACUUCCCGAAUAGUAAGCCCAACGAGAAAGAAAAGAUUAGCUUGAGUUCAUUCCGAGCGUGAAGUAUAAUUUUGUUAAACCUCCGAUAUACUUCUCUCCAAAUGUUGGAUCUUAUAGAGAACUUUUCAAAAGAGCGUGGAGGGAUUGUAGGUUUUCUAAAGUUUUUCGUUUAAAACUUUUCUUUUCUCAUCAUUGACUGAUUGUAUAAUGUAAGUGUGCGUGAUGACCAUUUCAGAUAAACAGAAGAAGAAAAAAGAUGUAAUAAUGAAAAAACCCGUUAUCGUAAGUCGAAUCGAGGAGGAAGUGAGUUAGAACGCAACAUCAAACAAAACACCUAGGAAACAAAUAACAUUCAAAUAUUUGAAUGAAAUUAAAUAGUGAGAUGCAGCAGUUAACAAAACUGCUGUUCUGCUAAAAUGAAAGAUAAAUAAAGUUUUAUAACUAAAUCUAAA